AUGGGUAUUCGAGGUUUACAAACGUUUAUUGAACAAAAAUUAAGUUUACUAAAUGAAAUUGAAUUACACAAUUGUAAUGUUUUAUUUGAUGGUAAUUCAAUUUACCAUCAAAUGUAUAAAGAAUGUCAUUUGACAUGUUUAUUUGGUGGUGAAUAUGAUAAAUUCUAUGAUUAUUGUAAACAGUUAUUUGAAUCAUUUCGUCUUUGUGAAAUAAAUGUUAUUGUUGUUUUUGAUGGUGCACGACUUGAUGAUAGAAAAUUAGCUACAACACUUCAACGAUCUAAAAAACGUAUUGAUUAUUCAACAAAAUUAAGUGUUAAUAUUGAUUUAAGUCCAUUAUUAUUACGACAAACAUUUCUUAAUGUACUUGAUGAAAUGAAUAUUCCAUAUGUAUCAGCAUUAGGUGAAGGUGAUGAUGAAUGUGUAUCAUUAGCAAAUCAUCUUAAUUGUUAUUUAAUUUCACGUGAUAGUGAUUAUUAUUGUUAUAAUCUUUUACAAGGUUAUAUACCGUUUGAAUAUGUUGAUAUAAAUCCAAUAAAAAAAGAUUCAUAUUAUUAUUUAUCAGCUCAAUUAUUUACAAUAGAUUCAUUACUUAAUAAAUUUCCUGGUUUAAAUCAUUCAACACUUUCACUUGCUUGUUGCUUAUGUGGAAAUGAUUAUAUCAAUGAAAAUCUCGUUGAAAAAAUAUUCAAUCAUAUUAUUGAAAUUAUAGAAAAAUCAAAACAGAAUAAAACAAAGAAAAACCUUCGUACAAAACAUUGGUAUGCAAUGCAAUGGGCGAAACAAUUUGAUGAUAUUGAAAUUGCAUUAGAAAAAUCACUUGCACCUAUUAGUAAAGGAGAAAAAACUAACAUUGAAAUGAAACUUCGAUUAGCACUUCAAUCUUAUUUAAAUCCAACCGAUACACUUAUUUAUCGUUUUAUUUCAUCCAAUAAUCAAAAUCUUCUUAAAAAUUCUCAUUUUGUUGAAUUAGCUCGAGAUUAUCUUGAUAAACUUGAUAUGACUGAUGAACAAAUUCAUAAACAAAUCGACAAAGUUUCAUUAGAAAUAAAAAGUAAAUGUAAUCAUUCAAUUCCAACAUAUUUAUUAGAUGCUGUAACAGAUCUUCGUUUAUCGGAAUCAUUUAUUGAAAUUCUUAUUCAUCGUCGUUUAAUUUGUUCAGCACUUGUUGAACUUGAAGAUGAACCAUCAAUACAUGUUGAUGCUAUACCAAUUAUAUUACCUUGUCUAGCCAUUCUACUUAAAUGGGAUGAUGAUGACGAUAAACAAGAUGAUCAAUCUGUUAUUAUCUAUCAUCGUGUAUUUAAACAACUUAAAUCAUGUCCUUAUUCAGUUAGUAAUUUAAAUGAUAAUAUCGAUCUUAAUCAUUUAAAUUCUUUAUCACUUAUUGAACGUGAAAAUUUUGUUUACAAAUGUUUGAAUAUUUCAUUAUCUCAACGUGAAAAAUAUGUUCAUAUUCAUUCUGAUUAUCAUCUAUGGUUAAUGAGUAUUCACUAUUGGUAUUCAAUUCGUAAUCUUAAACCUGUCUAUAUUUAUGGAAUAAUUAUUUCAUUAAUUAAAUCUAUUUAUCUUGUUAAUGAUGAUACUUCGCAAUGUGAAGAUAUUGAACUAUUAUCAUUAUCAAUCGAUGAUAAACGAAAUUCUAUACAAAUCGAACCUGAAAUCCGUCAAACAAUAAAUUUAAAAUUAAAAAAUAUGAAAAAAAAAGUAUAUGAUUUUAAAAAAUUUGAUUGUAGUAUAAUACAUGAAUUCAAUUGUUUACAAACAAUUUAUGUAUAUACAAUGAAAGUCAAUGAAUUUUUUAAUCGACCAUUUAAUUAUCAAAUGCAUGCAGAUAAAUUUUUAUGUGGAUCAUUUUUUUAUGCAUUUGUUGAACAUUAUGAAACGAAACAAAAUAUUCACGAUGCUAUACGUGAUCUUUUUCAAAAACAUACAAAACUAUUGACAAUUAUUGAGAAUUUAUUUCAGAGUAUUGCAUCCGAUAUUGAUUUUUAA